AUGGGUGAAUACAAAAUACCAAAUGUUCAGCCGAUGGACUUCAAAGCCCGCGGACUAGUGAAGGGUGAUGGCAUCGCGUCAGUACAUUCCGAGGCAGUACAUAAUGCUCCCAAUUACCGGACCAAAGAAAGGUAUCUCAAACGAAAGGAGCAUGGCAUUCAGCGUAACUAUCUCUAUAAUCUGGGACAGUCUACAAAUGGGGCUUGGAAGAUCGCCCAAUUAGGGAUGCAAUUUUCACAACAACAGUCUAUUAAGUCUAUGCCCAACCUCGUCGAUGAUAAGAGAAACAUCGAGCAAUUGGAGGAUAUCAACUACCCCAACCUUGUCCUCUUCACCGAGAUGGAGCCAGGGCAUAAGGAACUUAUGAUGGAGAAGUCCCCCAAAGAGGAGGAGGUCAAGCAAUAUGGGGCCCCGGGCAAGUCAACAUUGCAAGCCAUUGGCACAUUUCUGUACUUUGUCCACCGAAAGUAG